UAUUGAUAUUUUCUGGAAGGAUACAAAUCACUCAUGGCUGAUUUCGUCUUUCCUGUUGGCGCUUAAAGUGUUUUCGCAACGAGCCGGCAUUUUAAAAGACAAGCUUGCCUAAGACGGUUAAAACUGUGCUUUUAAAUUUGUGUGUAAUUUCGUUACAUACUGAAAGAACGAAUUGUAGAGAAAGAUGGUUAAAGCUGUUGUAGAAGAUAAUAAAGAUCAAACAAAAGACCUUCUUCAUGCUCCCAAAGAGGGAUUUAUACAGAAGAAGAAAAGCCAAAAGUUUAAACAAACACCAAUGGGCAAAGUUAUUCUGAUUAAUGGAUCGAAAACUUCAAAUGGUAACAAUGAUGAGGUAUCAAAACAGUUAGAAAAACAUAAAAAUAAAUCUUCUAAAAAAACAGCAGAAAGCAAAAAAGAACAUAAAACAAAAGGUUCUCCAAAGGAUAAUAAGAAAUUACAAGAAACUCUUAAAAAGAAUGAAGCACAAUCCGAGAAGGAUGAUUCUGAUUUAGAUGAAGAUAUCAAUGAGGGAAUCGUUUUAGAAGAACAUAGCUUUAUGCAAGAAAGUGGUGGUAGUGAAAUUGAUAAUUCUGAUGAGGAUGAGAGUGAAGAUGAAAAGAAUGUACCAAAUAUUCUUGGAACAAGUUUAGCAGAUGACACUGAUGAAGAUGAUGAGGAUUACGAGGAAGAUGAAAAAGUAACUGUAGUAAAGAGAGGAGUAAAAAUGUUUAAAGGGUCGAGGUCAAACGAUAAACAUGCUGAUACUUCUAUGAACAGCAUAAAUAAAUCUGAAAUAGAAAGUGACGACGAUGAAGAAGAUGAGGAGGAUGAAGAGAAUGAAGAGAAUGAAGAGGAUGAAGAGGAUGAAGAGGAUGAAGAAGUUAGUAAUAGUAACAAAGAAGACAAUGAAGAUGAAGUUGAUGAUGAAGAAGAUGAUAACGAUAGUGAUGAAGAGUCUGAAGAUGAAGAAGAAGGGGAUGAGCCUACACUAAAUUGGGAAGCAAUCUUAAGUAAUAGUAUUGUUGAGGAUGAUGAAGAUGAUGAAGAUUUUAAUGAAUUAGAAGAAGCGGAUGAUGAUGAUGAUGAGAUUAGUGAUGAAGAUGAAGAUGAAGUUGAUGAUGAAGAAGAAGAAGAAGGAGACGAAGAAGAAGAAGAUGAAGAAGAAGAAGCAGAAGAAGAGGAGGAAAAUGACAGAGCUAGUAAUCAUGAACACGAUAAGAAACAUGAAGAUAAUUUAGAUGCUUCUUUGGAAAAAUUAAAGGAAGAUAAAAGAACUAUAUUUGUUGGAAACCUUCCAAAAGAAGUAAUGAAGAAACAAUUGCGAAAACAGUUUAACAAAUUUGGGGACAUUGAUACCAUACGUAUAAGAGGUAUAGUAGGAAAAUCCAUGAAGAUGUCCAAGAGGGUUGCAGCAAUAAAAAAAGACAUUCAUCCCAAAUUAAAAGCCGUUUUUGCUUAUAUUAGAUAUAAUUCCGAGGAAUCUGCUAAGGCAGCUUUAUCCAUGAAUGGAAAAGUAUUUAAUGGAAACUAUUUAAGAGUUGAUUUGGCUUCCACAUCACAUGAGAAGCAUGAUGUAAAAAAAAGUGUAUUUGUAGGAAAUUUAAAUUUUAACAUUGAUGAAAACACACUUUGGAAAUACUUUAAGGGCUGUGGUGAAAUAGAGUCUGUACGUUUAGUUAGAGAUAACAAGACUGGAAUUGGCAAAGGAUUUGGAUAUAUAAAUUUUAAGACUGAGGAUGCUGUAGCAUUAGCAUUAGAAUUACACGGAACAAAAAUUUCAAAUCGUGAAAUUAGAGUAAAACCAUGUAAUGAAAGCAAUAAAAAAGACAAGACUAAACGCGAUAGAAGAUCACAUUCUAAAGGAGAAAAAAAUUCAUUUAAAAAGAUGAAAAAUAAUGAAGAAGUUCCUGUACCUGUUCACAAUAAGAAAAAUGCCACAAAAAGAUUAAAUGAAAAAGGACAAAAGCUAACUGAAAAGCAGACUAGUCCACAACAAUCAAAAGCAUUUGAAGGUAGAAAAGUAGAUGAAAAGAAGAAAAAGAAGAAGUCAAACAAGUUAGAAAAAAAGAAGAAGCUUCUGGCAGAAAAACUAGCUGCUAAACCUAAGAAACCGUCAAACUGAUAGUUUUUAAAAUGCAUGUAUUAAUUUUAUAAAACAGUACCACCUAAUUUUAAAUAUUAGAUUUAAUUUAUAUGAUUGUGUUAAAACGAAUAUGAGUGAAAAUGGGAAAAGAGAAACGAAUAUAAUCAAAAGAGGAAUUGUGUAACAGUGAUAUAGCAUUUGUAGGUUUUCACAAGGUUGUAAAUGUAAGUCGUGAAAAUUGAAUAUGUAUUUAAUAUUGAGUAAAAAGCUAUUUUUAUGAUUCAA